AUGGAACAGGAUAGAACCAACCAUGUGGAGGGCAACAGACUAAGUCCAUUCCUGAUACCGUCUCCUUCUGCCAUUUGCCAGACAGAAUCUCUGGCUAUAAACCUCCAGAAUGGAAGACCAGUAACUGAGGGACCUCGUUCAGAAUUAAAUGGAGAAACCAAGUGGCAGUCUUUCACAAGUUAUUAUGGGAUACCCCCUAUGAAAGGGAGCCACAAUAGUCGUAUAAGUCCAGACUUCGUACAAGAAAGUAGUGGGUAUUCCAAGUGUUUGCAAAAUGGAGGAAUAAAACGCACAGUUAGUGAACCUUCUCUGUCUGGACUCCAUCAGAACAAGAAACUGAAGCAAGACCAAAAGACUAAUGGAGAAAGAGAGAACUUCAGAGAAAAUCAAGAAAGAAAUCCAGGUGAAAGCAGCAGUCAACCAAAUGUCUCCGAUUUGAGUGAUAAGAGAGAACCUGGGAGCUCGGUAGCCCAAGAAAAUGCAGCUAAAGAAACAGUCAUUUUUUCAACAAAUAAAUGCAAUGAGUCUGAAAAUCCAGGGCUUCAGAUUCUGAAUCAGCAAGAGCUGAAAAAUGUCAACUACCAUGACAAGAACAUUGUAUUACUUCUCAAAAAUAAGACAGUGCUAAUGCCUAAUGGUGCUACAGUUUCUGCCUCUUCCAUGGGAAACACACAUGGUGAACUCCUAGAAAAAACUUUGUCUCAAUAUUAUCCAGAUUGUGUUUCCAUUGCAGUACAGAAAGCCACAUCUCACAUAAAUGCCAUUGACAGCCCAGCCACUAAUGAGUUGUUGUGUGAGAUCACUCACCCAUCCCAUACCUCAGGGCAAAUCAAUUCCCCACAGACUUCGAACUCUGAGCUGCCUCCAGCACCAGUUGCAGUGGUGACUGAGGCCUGUGAUGCUGAUAAUGUUAGUAAACCAUCUGCAAUGCUCGGUACCUGCUCCUUUCAGAAACCAGAACAAUCACAGCCACAAAAAUCAAUUUUUGAGAGAAGCCCAUCUCCUGCAGAAAACAGUAAUAUCCAAGGACCCACCGCAAAGCUAGUAUCUGGUGAAGAAUUCUGUUCCAGUUCCAGCAGUCAUUUCCAAGUUCCUGGCUGCAGCUCUGAACGAUAUUCAAAGCAAAAUGAAAUGAAUGGUGCUGUUUUCAAGCAAAGCUCAGUGUUCCCUAAGGAUUCUUUUUCUGCCACUAGCAUACCGCCCCCACCACAACUGCUUCUUUCUAGCCCUCCUCCACUCCCACAGAUUCCUCAGCUUCCAUCAGGAGGAAAAAGCACUCUGGAUGAUGGAGUUUUACAAGAACACCAUCGCUACCCUAACCAAAAUAACACAGCUCUUUUAAGAGAUGUGAAAAUAGAGAAUGAGCCAGAGGCACCAACAUCCCAGAGUCCUAACCCACCUACGCAUGCAUUCAGUUCUUCUCUUACGCUUCCAGAAAGACCUCAGAAUAACUGUAUUAACAGGAAUGAUAUAUGGACUCCAGGGACAAUAGCUUUUCCAUUGUGUUCCAAGAAAACAAGACAAAUACCAGAACAUCUCAAGCAUAACUCAACAGUUCUUGGUAGAAAUGCAGAUCCACAAGGCCACUGCCAGCAGAUGAUGGGACACAAAGAGCAAAAGAUUAUGAAGGGUCAAGAUAAAGAACAAGUGCAAGAACUUGAGCUCCCAACGCAGUCCAGUCUGAAGCCAGGGUGGAUUGAAUUGAAAGCCCCUCAUUUUCAUCAACCAGAAUCCCAUCAAAAAUAUAAUGAGGCUUCAUUGAGGUCAAGUCUUCAAUAUGAAUCCAGUUCUUGCAAUCAGAUGACCUCCAAACAAUACACUGGAAAUUCCAACAUGCCUGGGGGACUCUCAGGGCAAGUUUAUGUCCAGAAAAUAAUGCAACCAGAGCACAGGUCACAAAUGUACCAAGUUAAGAUGGAUCAAGGGCAGUCUCAACGGACACUGGAUCAGCAUCUCCAGCCUCAAAAAACCUCACCACAGGUGCAUUUCUCUAACACAGACCCUUCACCUGAUGCUCACAUGCAGUCACUUCAUUUUCAGUCAAGACCAGGUCCCCAAACUGAGAAACUCAUGUCCAUAUCAUUAACACAGCACUUGAAUCAACAAACUUUAGAGACUGAGCCUUUCACAAACUCACACCUUUUACAGUAUAAGCUUCAUAAGCAGGCAGCACAAACACAACCAUUGCAGAGUGCACAUCUCCCUCAAAACCAGCAACUACAGCAAAAAUUGCAAAUGAAGAAUAAAGAACAAAUGCCUCAGACUUUUUCAAAUCCUCAAAGCAACAAUGUUCAGCAAAGAGAAGGAUCAUUCUGUGGCCUGAUUAAAGUGGAGGAAUGCUUUGGUGGUGAAAAUCAGUAUUUGAAAUCAAAUGAGUUCCAGACUCAUAACAUCCAAUUGGGACUGGAGCAAAGACAGAAUAUGAAUAGUAGACAUUCUCCUUAUGGUCAAAUUCUGAAAUCAAAUGCAAGCAGUAUACAGACUUCUGGUGUGAACAGUACACACCUAGUUCCAGAGAAGAAAGAACAGGUCAUUAAUACUGAAUCCUUAGUAGGAAAUAAGACUCAGAACUCUCAACACUUGCAUUAUUUUCCAAAUAAUGUGACCAUAAAGCAGAAUAUUUUCAAUAGGUGCUUUCAAGAACAGGAGCAGAGGCCUCAACAAGCUUCAGCUCUACAGGGAUGUAAGAGUAAAAACCAAGAUAUGUCUAGUCAACAAGGUGCACAAUUCACUCAACAAAGGUACUUGAAGCAUAACCAAGCAAAUGCUUUCCCUGUGCCUGACCAGGGAGGAAGUCAUAUUCAGACCCCUCCCCAGAAGGACAUUCAGAAGUACGCUGCUUUAAGGUGGCACCUCUUACAGAGGAAAGAACUGCAUCAAACUCAGCAAUCACAAACUGAGACUUGUCGUAAUCAGAUGCACAGGCCUAUUAAAGUUGAACCCGGGUCCAAGCCCCAAGCUUGUAUGAGACCGAUGUCCGUACAGCCAGAAAACAAAAUGUGGAAAAAAGUAACAAAGCAAGACAUUUCCCCUCUGAGCUGUAAUAAUGUGCAGCAAAAGAGCAUCAUUGAGACCAUGGAACAACAUCUGAACCAGUUUCAGGUCAAAUCAUUAUUUGACCAUAAGACUUCUGCACUUAAAUCACAAAAGCAAAUAAAAGUUGAAAUGUCAGGACCAGUCACAGUGUUAACUAGGCAAACCACUGCUGCAGAACUUGAUAGUCACACCUCAGCUGUAGAGCAGCCAGCAACUCAUUCUUCAGAAAAGACACCAACCAAAAGAACAGCUGGUUCUGUUCUCAAUAAUUUUUUAGAGUCACCUUCCAAAUUGCUAGAUACGCCUAUAAAAAAUUUAUUGGAUACACCUGUCAAGACUCAGUAUGAUUUCCCGUCAUGCAGAUGUGUAGAGCAAAUUAUUGAAAAAGAUGAAGGUCCUUUUUAUACCCAUCUAGGAGCAGGUCCUAAUGUGGCAGCUAUUAGAGAAAUCAUGGAAGAAAGGUUUGGACAGAAGGGUAAAGCUAUUAGGAUUGAAAGAGUCGUCUAUACUGGUAAAGAAGGCAAAAGUUCUCAAGGAUGUCCUAUUGCUAAAUGGGUGGUUCGGAGAAGUGGCAAUGAGGAGAAGCUGCUGUGUUUGGUGAGAGAGCGAGCCGGCCACACCUGUGAGGCUGCUGUGAUUGUGAUUCUCAUCCUGGUUUGGGAAGGAAUCCCACUGUCUCUGGCUGACAAACUGUACUCAGAGCUCACUGAGACACUGAGGAAAUACGGCGCGCUCACCACUCGUAGAUGUUCCCUGAAUGAAGAGAGAACCUGUGCUUGUCAGGGGCUGGACCCAGAGACCUGUGGUGCUUCCUUUUCUUUUGGUUGUUCAUGGAGCAUGUACUACAAUGGAUGUAAAUUUGCUAGAAGCAAGAUCCCAAGGAAAUUUAAACUGCUUGGGGAUGACCCAAAAGAGGAAGAAAAACUAGAGUCUCACUUGCAAAACCUGUCUACUCUUAUGGCACCAACAUACAAGAAACUUGCACCUGAUGCAUAUGAUAAUCAGAUUGAAUAUGAAGACAGAGCAUCAGAGUGCCGCCUGGGUCUGAAGGGAGGUCGACCAUUCUCAGGGGUUACUGCCUGUCUGGACUUCUGUGCUCAUGCCCAUAGAGACUUGCACAACAUGCAGAAUGGUAGCACGUUGGUAUGUACCCUCACUAGAGAAGACAAUCGAGAAAUUGGUGGAAAACCUGAGGAUGAGCAGCUUCAUGUUCUGCCUUUAUACAAAGUGUCUGAUAUGGAUGAGUUUGGGAGUGUAGAUGGUCAGGAGGAGAAAAAACGAAAUGGUGCCAUUCAGGUACUGAGCUCUUUUCGACGGAAAGUCAGGAUGUUAGCAGAGCCAGUCAAGACAUGCCGGCAAAGGAAACUAGAGGCCAAGAAAGCUGCAGCCGAGAAGCUUUCCACUCAUGAGAACAGCUCCAAUAAGAAUGAAAAAGAAAAGUCAGCAUCACGUACAAAACAGUCUGAAAAUGCUAGCCAAGCUAAACAGUUGGCAGAAUUGUUGCGUCUUUCAGGACCUGUCAUGCAGCACUCUCAGCACCUCCAGAAGCAGCCGCCACAGCCACAGCAACCCCAACACCAAUCCCAGCAGCAGCAGCCACACCACCCUCAGUCAGAGUCAAUCAAUUCUUACUCUUCUUCUGGACCCACCAAUCUAUAUAUGAGACGGCCCAAUCCAGUUAGUCCUUACCCAAGUUCGUCACAAAAUUCAGAAAUUUAUGGAGGUGCCAACCCAGUGAACCUCUAUUCCACCUCAUCCCAAACUGCAGGAUCAUAUUUUAAUUCUAAUCCCAUGCACUCCUAUCCUGGACUUUUGAAUCAGAGUAGUCAAUAUCCAUCAUAUCAUUGCAAUGGAAAUGUAUCAACGGACAACUGUGCCACAUAUCUGGGUUCUUAUUAUCCCCAGUCUCAGCCCAUGGAUCUGUAUAGAUAUCCAAGCCAAGACCGUCUCUCUAAACUAAACCUACCACCUAUUCAUACCCUAUACCAGCAGCGGUUUGGAAAUAGCCAGACUUUUUCUUCCAAGUACCUGAAUUAUGGAAACCAAAAUAUGCAGGGAGAAGCUUUCAACAGUUGUACUAUUAGACCAAAUGUACACCAUGUAGGGGCAUUUCCUACUUACUCCACUCAGGAGAUGGAUGGCCACUUCAUGGAAGCCACCUCGAGAUUACCACCCAAUCUGAGCAAUCCAAAUGUAGACUGUAAAAAUGGAGAGCACCAUCUAUCUUCUCAUAUCAUCCAUAACUACAGUGGAGCUCCAGGAAUGUUCAAUAGUUCUCUUCAUGCCCUGCAUCUCCAAAACAAGGAGAAUGACAUGCUUUCCCACACUGCUAAUGGGUUGUUGAAAAUAUUUACCCAUGACAGAAUUGUUUCUGUCCAAGAAGGCUUUCACAAAUUAAAUGAUGGUAGCAGUCAGGAAAAACAGCCUUCAGUUCCAGUCCAGAGCGUGGCUUCUGCUGCAGAGGAUAAUGAUGAGGUGUGGUCUGACAGUGAACAGAGUUUUCUAGAUCCUGACAUUGGGGGAGUGGCUGUGGCUCCAACUCAUGGGUCCAUCCUCAUCGAGUGUGCAAAGCGUGAACUGCAUGCCACAACCCCUUUAAAGAAUCCAAAUAGAAAUCACCCCACCAGGAUCUCACUUGUUUUUUACCAGCAUAAGAGCUUGAAUGAGCCCAAACAUGGCUUGGCUCUCUGGGAAGCCAAGAUGGCUGAAAAAGCCCGUGAGAAAGAGGAAGAGUGUGAAAAGUAUGGGCCGGACUACGUGCCUCAGAAAACCCAUGGCAAAAAAGUGAAACGGGAGCCCCCUGAGCCACAUGAACCUUCAGAGCCCACUUAUCUGCGCUUCAUCAAGUCCCUUACUGAAAGGACCAUGUCCAAGACCACAAACUCCACAGUAACUACAUCUCCAUAUGCCUUCACUCGGGUCACAGGGCCUUACAACAGAUACAUAUAA